CUCUCGAAAAUAGAUUGCGUUGGGUACGCACCGGGCGAACACUCCUGCGCAGUGAUCAAGGAUCCAUGGAUCAUUCGAUACACACGUGCGCGGAGAGUGAGAUGGAACGAUAGUACAAAUUCCUGACAUUAAUUGUUUAUUUACUCAGUGAUAAUGUGGAAGCUGUGUUUGUGUUUUAUUGUCACUUUAUUGCAAAUAAGGAACGGAGUUUAUGCGUCAUUAGGUGACAUAUUAUCAGAGACCAGUCAGUUAUGCUGCAAUCAAGGUACUACUUACGCCAGGAGUCACUCCCUCGAGGACUGCUCUUCAUCAACGCCACCUGAAGUACCAUCUGCUUAUGGAUCCUUUUGCAUCUUCGCUAUGGACCAAUGCUGCAAGGAAUAUUUUUUGAAGAAAACCGAUUGUGACAAUGGGGUUGAUAUGGCGUAUAGAAACAAGAGUUGCGGGACAUCGAAGGACCCCAGUAAGAAAUGCUGCGAGCAGUGUCUGGCUGGUAUGACCGUGGGGAAGUCCAGAGGCGAGUCGGCGUGUUCGAUUCCUAACAGUGGCAACAGCGCUGAACAAAUGUUGGGAGCUGAUGUCUUCACGCACUGUUGCAAGAAUGCCGCAAAUGAGAAGCCCUCAAAACCCACUGAGCCUACGACCCAACGAUCCAAGAAACCCGAUGAAGUUUCAGGCGCAUAUUCACUUUGUGAGGAGUACGCACCUAACGAGCUGUGUGCACACCACUGUAUUCCGAUGCCAAUGUCGUACAAGUGCGAGUGUAACCCUGGCUUUAUGCUCAUGCCAGAUGGAAAGAACUGCAAAGAGGUGACCAAAAAUAGAUGUAAACCUCAUAACCCAUGCCAGCACAAAUGUAACGACAACGGCAUUGAAGUGAAGUGUUCCUGUCGAAGAGGUUACCAGCUAUUGGAAGACCAGAAAUCUUGUGAAGAUAUUGACGAAUGUACUCUUCAACCACAAGUUUGCUUACCUUACACCAAAUGCUUAAACGUCCUAGGUUCAUAUAAAUGUAUACCAUUGAGACAGAAGCCUAAAGAUAAGGGAACUUGUCCACCGGGCUUCGCGAGAAAUCUUCUCAAUAAUGCAUGUGAUGAUAUAAAUGAAUGUAAAUUGCCAAACCCACCAUGUGCUAGUUACUUAUGCGAGAACACCAUCGGUGGAUACAAAUGUGGGGGAGUAUCUGGUGAUCCAGCUUCAUUGACAAACAAACGGCCAACUACAGAAGACAGAUGCCCUCCUGGAUUCAGGAGUGCGCAAAACGACGAAUGUGAAGAUGUCGACGAAUGUACCCUCAGCAUAGACGAUUGCAACAAACUAUCACAAUUCUGUAUCAAUACUCGAGGGUCUUUCUACUGCCAAGACAAAGCAUCAAAGCACUGCCCGCCGGGCUUCAAGAUAAAUCCAUCUAACAAUAUAUGUGAAGAUAUAAACGAAUGCGACGAAGGCCAGGAUAUCUGUAGGCCAGACCAGAUUUGUGUCAAUGUUCCUGGCGAAUACGAUUGUCGGCCAAAAGAGAACAGAAACAGAUACACUGGCAAAUGUCCGGAUGGAAUGAGAUUGAAUCCGGAGACAAAAGUGUGUGAAGAUAUUAAUGAAUGCAUCGAAGGAACCCAUUUAUGCGACCAAUACCAGAAAUGCCUUAACACCAAUGGAAGCCACGAGUGUAUUUGUAAGCUUGGCUUUGAAAUGGAUCGCACAACGGGAGCUUGCGUUGAUGUAAACGAGUGUGCAACAGAUCAGAACACCUGUAUACCAGAAUCACAGCGGUGUGAUAACACUGUCGGCUCUUAUCUCUGCAUAAGGUUCAUCUCGUGUGGAACUGGUUACAUACUUCACCAUUCUUCAAGUACUUGUGAAGAUGUUGAUGAAUGUGCGCUCGGUACACAUAAUUGCGAUCGCGCUGGUCCUGAAUACCAUUGUGUCAACAUUCCUGGCUCGUUCAGGUGUCAACGGAAGCCUACGUCUCCUCCACCGCCACCAACUCCAGAAUACGAAUACGAAUAUUAUGAUUCUGAUGAGGAAAUUGAAACUGCAAAAAAAUCUGACUCUGUUACAACUACAACUCCUCAAAUUGUGACAGUGCCCGUUACAACUCCAAGCACAACUCCUAUACCAAAGCCUACAGAGGCAGUCAUUCCUGAAAAACAACCUGAGAUUAAUAAGAUUGACCAAGACAUCCCUGAAAUAUAUGAAGAACCAGCACCAACUGAAAUAGUUAAAUUAGAAGAUUUACCGGAUAGAGAUAUUUACAAUACAAUAGAUUCAAGUCCUGUCGAAAUACCCGAUGAAGGCAAAAACAUUCAGAAGAAGCCAGAAACUGAAUACCCAAACCUUAAACCACCAGCAUCAACUGAGCAAACAAUAGAAAUAUCAGAAACAACUUAUAGCCCUAUCACGGAACUUACGUCCCCGAAGAUGGUUUACGUGAAAGAAGGUCAAAAUACAGUAGCAGUUGAAGCACAAAAGCAUGAAGAUGGUUCAGUGGUUCUAGAUACUGAAGAUAUACCAAAGAAUAGAUGGACAAAAAUAAAUGAAAGACCUUCAAAUAAUUGUCCACCAGGGUUUGAAUUGGAUAAUUAUGGAGUUUGUAGCGACAUUGAUGAAUGCACAACAAAUCGCCACACGUGUUCAGGUUUGACAGAAUCUUGCCGGAAUACCAGAGGUGGAUAUUUGUGCGAUUGUGCGCUUGGGUUCCGCAGAGACCUAUUUUCUGGUGCAUGUGUGCUAAUACCUUCUUCAACAUCUACUUCAACCUCCACUACUACAAGCACAUCGACGCCCCCCAUUACUGAAGCGUCGGUACCAACUUCAUCAUCUACAAGGUCGUAUUUUUGGAACUUUAAUAAUUACCGUCCGGCCAAAUCUCGUCCAUUUAAGCCCAUGUCGAAUUGUGAUGCUGGAUAUCAUUACAAUAUACACUUAGGAAAGUGCGAAGAUAUUGACGAGUGUACCAAUGGAUUAGCAACGUGCGCUGCUGUAGAACUAUGUGUAAAUACUGAGGGAGGCUUCCGCUGUGAUUGCCAACCGAACUGGAGGCUGGAUCCAGACCGACAGAGAUGCGUCCCAGCUGUGAACAACGGCCGGCUCCCACCAGGAUAUGAAAAUCAAUUUGUGAAUACCGUAGUAAACCCUCCAGAAGUGAGAAUGGAUAACAAAGUUCCUGAAAAAGAGCCAGUGGAAGAAGGUAGUCCAGAAUUCAGUUGUCCUUGGGGAUCCCAACUCAGUGACGACAAUACGUGCGUGGAUAUUGACGAAUGUGCGACGGGAGAAGCGAAGUGUGGUCCUCUUCAGAUCUGCACCAACUUGGAAGGUGGAUACACUUGCAGCUGUCCAAAGGGUCACAAGUUGGUUGAUGACCAUAUUUGUGAAGAUGUGGAUGAGUGUGCUCUUGCGGGAAGCUCGCCAAUUUGCUCUCAAAAUGCAGACUGUGUUAACACGAUAGGGUCCUAUCGCUGUCAAUGCCACGAAGGGUUCAAAGCAGCGCCUGUUAAUGACAAGGUAUGUGUUGACGUUGAUGAAUGUUCGGAGGAACGAUCUGGCAGUCUUUGUACUCAGCGGUGCAAUAAUGUCUGGGGUGGGUACAGAUGCUCAUGUUUCCGAGGAUACCGUCUUAAUCCUGAUAACAGGACCUGUUCAGACGUUGAUGAGUGUGUGGAGUUCAGAUCAAAGAACCCCUGCGUUGGAAAAUGUGUCAAUGAGCAAGGCAGCUACAAGUGUACUUGUCCUUCUGGAUACCGGCUUUCAGAUGAUAAGCGAAGCUGUAUAGAUAUCGACGAAUGUGAGACAGGUAUAGCGCCAUGUGCGAGAGGUAGCAAGUAUGAAGGCGCUAGUGAUGUUUGUCUGAAUACACGAGGUGGAUACCGCUGCCAUCGGAUCACCUGUUCGCCGGGAUACAGGCUUGAAAGUAAACAUCGCUGUACCAAAGUCCAAACAUAUUGCACUCCGUCUGACUGGGAGUGCGCCCACCAACCAAGCACUUAUUCAUAUAACUUCAUAACAUUCGUCUCAAAACUGUACAUUCCGGAAAGCAAGGUGGAUCUAUUUACGAUGCGGGGUCCGAACUGGUCUUACGCGAAAAUGCGAUUCGAGUUAAAACUUGUAAACGUAGACACGCCGCCCUCAGUACGUGAAAAGGCGGAUAUUAAUUCUUUCUUAUUGGUACAAACAGAUCACCAAGCCGUUGUAUCGCUGGUCAGAUCUCUGGAAGGACCACAGACAAUAGAGCUAGAGUUGUCGAUGGAGUUGUAUAGCAGAGGACAAUUUGGCGGUACUGCAGUUGCUAAACUGUACAUAUUUGUGUCAGAAUAUGAGUUCUAAGACCAUCAAGCUAUUAUGAAUCAUUUUAAAAGUAUUUUAUCACUGACCUCUACCACUGGACUGGUGGCUGUCAAAGAGCUUUAAUGCCUGAUAUUCGCCAUUUUGGCGCUGUUGGCCAUAGCGAGAGUCUGCGGUACUUAAACUAUUGAUGACGACCCCAGCUAAACAAACAUCGAUAGAUGGUUGGAAACUGUUUACAAAACAAAAAAAAAAUAUGUACUUUAUUAUGUUGAUACCUGAAGUAUAAGUAACACGGAAAACGAACGAAAUUAAUUCAAAAUGCAAAAAUACCUCAGAGGACUGUACGCUUCUCUCGUAGCCAUUUGUAUUAUACGUCAAAAUUAGUUCUCUAGACGCUCGCAAGUGGCGCUUCAAAUAGGCACAAAUAAAUUUGCUGUCAAACAUAUGGAACAGCCUGUCCAGUGGUAUUUAUACAGGUCAGUGUAUUUUAUACAUUAAGUUAUGCAGGCUUGCACGCUGUAGUCGCGCAACUAUAUUGCUGCAAGUACUUUUCCAGUUGAUGAUGAAUUUUGCAAUCACUGUUUGUUGUCUUAUCAAUAUGUAGGUACUUAAUGAUUUGUAGAAUCCUCAUUCACUCAAUCGCCGAGCAAGGCUGUUUUACUGAAGUUCCUCAAGCUCAUACGUCGCAUUAAAUCGCGCGAAAAUUAUGAUCGAGGUUAUGCCCUUAACCUAACAAUUUUAUCACACUAAAGUUUUACAACUUUGGCUAUAAAUAACUAGGAAAUAUAUCCGGUCUGUCAAAUUAGUGACAAUAUCCAAGUACAGCAAGACUUCAUUAGUCAAAUAUUAAGAAUUAGUCAAAGAACUCAUGAAACUAAUGUCUGUCCCACACACAAAGAACGACGGCAAACGAAAGUAAGCUAAAUGUCUGCCUUCUCUUUUUAUCGCCUGGCUACACAUAGUUUUUUUUCUCUUUCGUUCUAUAGCUUUUUUUGUAUAAUGUUUAAUUGUUACCUUAGACAUUUAAACCACACGCCUUUCAACUUCGAAACCAUUUCAUAGGAAUUGGUACGAAAAUAUGUUAUAUUGUGAAAAUAGUAUUUGCACAUAAUUUUGUAAUCUCUAAAUUAUGUUAAUUUAGAGAUAUUAUUUUCGCUUAUAUUAGUUAUAAGUAUACAAUUUAAUAUGUUAUUUUUAUGAUUAAAUAAAAUAUAUUUAUGAAAUGUAA